CCUUUGCCCACCCCCGAUGCACUCCUGCUCUGCCUCGAUCCACACUCUUCGACUGCGGCGCACUCUUCGAUCAUCACAUCCCUCGAUCCACCUCCUCGAUCCACCUCCCGCCGUGCAACCCCCGCCAUGAGUGACCAGCAUCCUGUCGUCUUUGCUGCUCAGCAGAACGAAGCCGAGUUCCUGCGGCUCGCCGUCCCCGCCCACCGCAAGUUCACCGUCAAGUCGCCUCUGCACCCCCACGUUUACUUUUCCUUUCUGAUUCCGGGCCAGUCGACGGUCCAGGAGCUCAAGAACCUCCUGCAUCACCACUAUCCCGGCCAGCCUUCCGCCAACAGCCAGCGAUUGAUCCACUCUGGCGCUCUGCUUGUCGACGGCGUUGUGGUCGAGUCGCUCUUCAAGUCGAGUGACCCGCUCGAGGUUCAAACCAUUCACAUUGUCCUCAAGCCCGGGGUGUCGCAGCCUCUUGCACAGCCGCUGACAGUCCGGCCCGCCAGCGACGCCCCUCAGUCGCCGUUCCCGGCUCUGUCUUCUGCCCAGCCGCAUCAGCUCUCCCGCGAAUCCACUUUGAUCGGGUCGCACUCCAGCUCCGUGGCCGAAAUGUCGCCGCAAACUGUCCCUCAACCCCAAGCGGAGAUGCUCUUUGGCGCCGGGAAGCCCGUCCAGGACUCACGUUCGCUCUCGUCGCUCGACAGCCUUAUCGAGCAGGCCGAGGCUGAGGCCGAAGCUGCAUCUGCUGAAACAAGUACGCUGCAUGCACAAUCGCCUGAAGAUGUGGCCCAGACGGCAAUCACCUCUUAUCCAAAACAGCAGCCUCUGGUGUCGUCAGAACUCCACGGCGAUCGAGCGCAGACUGAGGAUUCCUCAAUCCCUUCGGAGCGGGUGGUGGGCGACGACAGUAGCCUGGCCGACACCGACGACUGCGUGUCUGAGUUUGAGUUGUUUGAUCGCCGAUUCGGACUCAGAUCAGAGUCCUCUAUCGCUCAGACGGCCAAGCGUGCAUUCCAAGUCAUUAUGCUGGGCGGCGUUCCCUAUGUGAUUCAGUCGGUGGCUUCUAGCAUAGAGCUGCCUGAGCUCGGACUCGGCGAAACUAUCACGCUCAGCGACUGCAAGGUUGUCGCCGCACCGAAAGUACAGUUUCCAAGCAGCCAAUAUGUUGCGGAGGCGAUCCCAGCGCGCUACGAACAAGACGCACAUCCCGGCCAGGCUCCACAGCAUCAGCAUCAGCAUCAGCAGCAGCAACCGGCUCAAGCCGCAGCUCCGGCCGCCGCCGCCCCUCCCGCAGCCGCAGCAUUGGCUGGCCCCGAAAACGAGAACCAACCCGUCAACAUGAUUGGCCUUCUGAGCAGACUCGUCCUCAUGGUAUAUCUGUUAACGCAGAACGCAUCAACCUGGCGGAUUGUCCUCGUCAUCCUGGGCGCCAUAGUAUUUUUCUUGGCAGAGACGGGGCAGCUGCGUAUCUUUCUGCGCAUCAUCAACCCAAACCCCAAUCCAAUCCCGGCUGCUGGAGCUGGCGAGGAGCGCCGUUGGCAGCAGCCCAACCCGAACCCCAACGCCAACGCCGGUGCAGAAGGAAUCCAGGGCCCAGUCGCGGCCCAAGAGGGCCUGCCAGGCGCCGGAGACGACGCCAGAGAGCCCAACGGAGAGGCCGGCCACCAAGCACAGGCUCAAGCAGUCCCGCGCAGGACGCUGCUGCAAGAGAUCUACUUUAUCUGCUACACCUUUGUCGCAUCGCUCUUUCCCGAUCGGCCUGUCGAAGGUUGAUGUGGGACUGCGGAGGGCGAUGUGUCGGACCCGGAGCAGCGGAUGGCCCAAGUGCGCACGACGCCGCGCUAUCAACACGAUGUUGAGAAUACGAUGCCAUCAACAGUGGCCAUGCAUGUGUCC